AUCUCUUAAAACCGCUAAAAACCGCAACCACCCGCAUCCGCAAACUCCCGCAACCGCAACCGCAACCGCUGCGGUUAAACCAGUCAGGCCCUUAAUUUUCAAACCGUCACGUAAGCAAAAUUAACAUUCAUAUUAUGUGACAACUCAGCAUGACACAUUUUUAAUUAGUGCAAACUACUAGUUAUAAUUUUUUAAAUCUUUCUCUAUUAAUAUACAUGGGAUAUAUGUGAAUUACGAUCAGAAAGUAUUCGUUUUCGGCGAAUCCAUAUGCUCUUCUUGCAUUAAAACAACAGUUUAAUUUAAGUGAAGGAUUUGUAUCGUACUGUGCCAAACAAAACUAUAAAUUGAACCGGUCCCAGAUGGUUCGGUUAUAAAAAACUAUUGUUCUAAAUGAUUUUUAUUGCAUAAAAAUCUCCGUAUCUCUUUCCACUAACAUGUAACUAUCGUUUAGAUUGUCAGAGAUUAUUAUAGGAUCAGGUUUGAACCUGAAAGGCAACUCAGUAAUAUAGUACACUGUACACCGUAUUUCAUAGUAUAUGUCUCCGUACACAAGUUACAAGCGAUUAUUGAACAUUAGAUUUGACUGAACAUCUCUUUUCAAACUAAAAAAUAUAUAUAAAUACAUAAUUAUAUACUCCAAAACCAAAAAGAAAACCACUAAGUAAUAGCAACAUAUUUAAAUUUUCAAAUAUAUAUAUCGACAGCAGACUUAAUUUGAACAGAAACAAGACAUGAAAUCAUUGCUGAGAGGACAACAAAAGGAUUACGAAACUUUACUAAAAUAAAAAGCUAUUCCUUAGUCAGGAAGUGUUUAGGGAGCACACCUAAUCCCACAAACAUCACAAAAGAGUAAAAGGAGAUAUUAAUAGAAAAAAAAACAAUAACAAAAGUUCAAAACAAUGGAUAUAUAGGAGUUAAAAACUUGGACUGAGAUUCAAAAGUAGAUUUGCAUUCUGACUGCAUUACUUAGAUGAUCUUUUCUUCGAAAUAUCCUAACUUAUGCUUUUAACAUAAUUAAUUAAAUUUCUUGGUAACAAACUAACAAUUAUAUCAGUCUUUUUAGCAAAAAAAAAAACAGUUGUACACUUAUACUACUAGUCUAUAUGUAAUUAUAAAUAAACAAUCGCAAUAGAGUUUAUACCUUACCUUAUAUGCAUUUUAAAACAAAGUAAAAUGAUAUUUCUUUCUCUCUUUUUUGCUCUACUGUGAUUUUUACUCUGAAGAAAAGCACUGACUUUCUCAAAUCGACCAAUUAUUUUUGAUCUUUUAAUAUUAUUUAACGAUUAUAUGCCCAAGGCCCUAAACUCAGCUGUAUUCAAUUGACAUAGUGCUAGUUUAUUUAAAGCAAAAGCCACUUGCUAAACAAAACAAAACAAAGUGUAGAUGCAAUAUAAUUUCCAUUCAAAUAAUUUUUGUUUUAAUACAAAAAAUCAACCUGCUACCACAAAAAAAAAAGAACAAAUAAAUAAUAUGUGACUCAAAAAUGCAUGUAGUUUCCAACACAAAAAGGCACUUAAAACAAGCAAGCCCAAAACCCAUCUCGUUAAGCAAAAGCUCCCUCCUUUAACCAGUCACAAUAUCUUUUUCAAAGUUACAAAACCUUUAUCUUUUUGCUAUUUAACCAAACACCAUCACACAUUCUCAAAAUUUCCUUCAAUUAAACACACAUUUAGUUCUCAUAUCACCAAGAAACUCACAAGACACAUUUAAAGAGUUUCUUCCUUCAUCUUCUUACUUCUUCAACCAUCUAGACAUAAAAAAAACCCAUGUCCAAUCUUCCUUCAACGCCUCAAUCACAACCACCCGAAACCCCUCCAUGGGACACUCCAUCAUCCAGAUGGUUCAGUCCAAUCAGCACACCAUGGAGAACAACACCAAGAAGCAGACAAUCAACUCCAACUCCAACAACACCAAAAGCUCUUACCGAAGUGAUCGUCUCCAAAUCACCUUUGUCUCAGAAAAGCCCUGCAACGCCUUCACAUAACGGUAUAGAGUCGCAGCCUUUAAACGAUACAAUGGUUCCCUUGCGGCUAAGAACAACCCGGACGAAUCCAUGGAUAUGGUGUGGUGCAGCUUUAUGUUUUAUCUUCAGCAUACUUCUAAUAAUCUUUGGUAUUGCUACUUUGGUUCUCUUCCUCGCCCUCAGACCGAGAACCCCCGUUUUCGACGUCUCUAACGCAAAGCUGAACACAAUCUACUUCGAGUCACCGGUGUAUUUCAAUGGUGAUAUGUUGUUGCUGCUGAACUUCACCAACCCGAACAAGAAGCUAGGUGUGAGGUUUGAUCAUCUUUCCGUGGAGCUCUGGUUCUCCGACAAAAAGAUCGCCACGCAAGGUGUCUUGCCGUUUAAGCAAGGAAACGGGAAGACUAGGCUAGAGCCGAUUCGGCUGAUCUCAAAUCUGGUCUUCCUGCCUGUAAAUCACUUAGUGGAGCUCAAAAGGCAGGUCAUGACUAACCAGAUCAACUACGAAAUCAGAAGUUUAUUCAGAGUGAGAGCUGUUCUUGGUAUCAUUCAUUAUUCUUAUUGGCUGCAUGGGAGUUGCCAGCUUCAGUUGGCCAGUCCACCAACCGGCGGUUUAAUUUCUCGGAACUGCACUACAAAAAAAUGGUAACCCACUCACAAGAUGUGAAAACGUAUCAAGAUUCAAUAGACUCUAAGCAAGAAUUGAGAUCUGAGUCUGUUAUAUAUUGUAAAGACAGAUCUAGUAAGUUUGGUUAUCAAAUGAAUCAGAGGGGAUGUUUUUUUGCUACGGCUAAAGAUUAUAAUCCCUGAUUCAUUUAAUUUGCUUCAAGAUUACGGAAAUAUGAUUCCAUAUUUGAUCCACAA